CCCGGGCCAGCCCAGUCGCCAGCGCCCGCCCACAAGGCCACAGGCAGGUGCAGGCGCCGCCGCCGUGCAAGGUGCCGAACCGAGCCGUUAGCGCGCGCGCCGUCCGGGUGUCGGUCCGUGCGUCCGUCCGUCGGGGAGUCCGUCCGCCGGCGCGCGGCAGCUCCAAGCCCAAGCCAAGCAGCCCCGGCCCCCAGUCGUCCCGCACCCGGAGGCGCCCGGCGGAGCCGGCUUUGGAACAGCAGCCAUGUCCAUGGGUCUGGAGAUCAUGGGCACCUCGCUGGCCGUGCUGGGCUGGCUGGGCACGAUCGUGUGCUGCGCGCUGCCCAUGUGGCGCGUGACAGCCUUCAUCGGCAGCAACAUCAUCACGUCGCAAACCAUCUGGGAGGGCCUGUGGAUGAACUGCGUGGUGCAGAGCACGGGGCAGAUGCAGUGUAAGGUGUACGACUCGCUGCUGGCGCUGCCGCAGGACCUGCAGGCGGCCCGCGCGCUCAUCGUCGUCGCCAUCCUGCUGGCCGCCUUCGGGCUCCUCGUGGCGCUCGUGGGCGCCCAGUGCACCAACUGCGUGCAGGACGACACGGCCAAGGCCAAGAUCACCAUCGUGGCGGGCGUGGUCUUCCUGCUGGCCGCCGUGCUCACCCUCGUGCCCGUGUCCUGGUCGGCCAACACCAUCAUUCAGGACUUCUACAACCCGCUGGUGCCCGAGGCGCAGAAGCGCGAGAUGGGAUCGGGCCUGUACGUGGGCUGGGCGGCCGCGGCGCUGCAGCUGCUGGGGGGCGGGCUGCUCUGCUGCUCGUGCCCGCCGCGCGAGAAGAAGUACGCGCCGGCCAAGAUCCUCUACUCAGCGCCGCGCUCCGCGGGACCGGGCACCGGUACGACCACUGCCUACGACCGCAAGGACUACGUCUGAGGGGGGCAGAUGAACGGGGACGCCCUCCCCACCGGCUGGAGCGCCCGCCCCGUCCAGGUUGCAGCUUUGCAGAGACCAGGCAGCCCCCUCGCUCGACUGGGAGGGACCGGCCCGUCCCCCUCUUCGCCAGCCGCCACCCGCCCGUGGCCCGGGGACCCGGACUGGGGAACCCAGGAACCAGCCCUCAUGGACAAUGCAACCUCACCUCUCUGGAGCGUGGGGCUGGGGUAGUCGUCGCUACUUGGUCCCCACGUUGGGCCUCGAGCCUGGAUCCAAAGCGUGCAAUGGGCAGGGACCGGCAGCCUUGAAACGGGUCGCUUAAUAUUUUUCAAUAAAAGGCUUUCGUUUUGCAGUU